AAAUAAGUAUAUUUUUUUAGUAUAACAAAAGACUUAUAACACACUUCCUCAUCGUCUCUCUCACACACAAGAGACAAGACACAACCCUAUAGGCUAUAACCACCUCUCAAAGGUAAAGUCUUUUUUUUUGCUUCAUUUAUAUUAUCAAGUUCCUCACUUCUCGGAUCCGGGUCCUAAAUCUGGGUCAACCAACCUUUUCACGAUUGCCGAGUCGUCGGAAAAUGGAUCCUCCACUAGUGAACGACUCCUCCUUCUCCGCAGCCAAUCCUUCCUCCUACACUCUCUCCGAGAUUUGGCCUUUCCCUGUUAACGACUCCGUUCGCUCUGGUCUCCGUUUAGCCGUUUCUUCCGGUCGAGUCUUCACCCGCCCUGAGUCACUUGAACAUUCCGGCCAUAAAGACGUCUCCACGGCGGAGGAAUCUACGGUCACCGACCUAACUGCAGGCUGGGGAGGAGCACGAAAGACUAGAGAUUUGAACUCUGAGGACGAUUCUUCUAAGAUGGUUUCUUCUAGCAGCAGCGGUAAUGAAUUGAAAGAAUCUGGCGAUAAGAAAAGAAAAAGGUGUGGAUCUGAAAGUGGGAAUGGGGAAGGUUCGAUGAGACCUGAAGGCGAAACGAGUUCGGGUGGUGGAAGCAAAGGAACCGAACAGAAGAACAAAGCCGACCCACCAAAGGAUUAUAUACAUGUGAGAGCAAGAAGAGGACAAGCUACUGACCGGCAUAGUCUUGCGGAGCGAGCCAGAAGAGAAAAGAUCAGCGAGAAGAUGACGGCUCUUCAAGAUAUAAUCCCAGGAUGUAAUAAGAUCAUCGGAAAAGCCCUUGUGCUCGAUGAGAUCAUCAAUUAUAUUCAGUCAUUACAGCGACAAGUUGAGUUUCUGUCAAUGAAGCUAGAAGUUGUUAACUCCGGUGCGAGUACUGGUCCGACAAUAGGAGUAUUCCCUUCGGCAGAUCUGCCGAUUGAUGUUCAUCGAACUAUAUACGAGCAACACGAAGCUAACGAAUCCAGGGGAUCUCACCCUGAGUGGCUCCAUAUGCAGAAUUGUUAUAUCAGAGAAGAUAGAUUUGAAGGAGCAAAAACGCGCAAGGAUUUAGCCAUGGAGCAUCAGAACGCGGUCAAAGAAGCCCUAAACGCACUGUAUCAUCACCCGGAUGAUACAGUGCGUGUGCAAGCUGAUCGCUGGCUCCAGAACUUCCAGGGAACUCUCGAUGCUUGGCAGGCGAGAAGCUCGAAUUCCAUUAUUAGUGCUGGCUUUGAGUAUGAUGAAUACACUUCAAUUCAGUGCUUGCAUUCUUCUGCAGCUGGCUUGAAGAAGUAUGUUGCGGAUAAUUUACUUCAUGAUUCUUCCAGCAAUUUGGAAACUUUGAUAUUUUGUUCUCAGACUCUUAGAAGCAAGGUACAACGAGAUUUUGAAGAACUACCACCUGGGGCUUUUCAGAAGCUACGGGAAUCAUUAACGACAUUGUUAAAAAAGUUUCACAAAGGCCCCCCGAAAGUUAGGACGCAGAUUAGUAUUGCUGUUGCUGCCUUGGCGGUGCACGUUCCUGCGGCAGAUUGGGGAGAUGGUGGUAUUGUUAGCUGGCUUAGGGAUGAGAUGAAUAUGCAUCCUGAGUAUGUGCCUGGUUUCUUGGAACUCUUGACUGUUUUGCCCGAGGAAACAUUUAACUACAAAAUAGCUGCUCGUCCGGAUCGACGACGUCAAUUUGAGAAAGAGCUUACUUCUCAAAUGGAAGCUGCACUUAGUAUAUUAACAGCAUGUUUAAAUAUAAUUGAACUUAAGGAACAGGUUCUCGAGGCAUUUGCUUCUUGGCUCCGUCUGAGGCAUGGGAUUCCUGGAGCAGUACUUGCCUCUCAUCCAUUGGUGCAUGCAGCUCUUACAAGUUUGAACGGCGAUCCACUCUCUGAGGCAUCUGUGAAUGUUAUCUCUGAAUUGAUACAUCACACGGCAUCACCAAGCUCUGGUGGUAUUUCUGCCCAAACACCCUUAAUUCAAGUUAUUGUGCCUCAAAUUCUAAGUCUUAAGGCCCAUCUAAGAGAUUCUUCAAAGGAUGAAGAAGAUGUCAAAGCAAUUGGUCGGUUAUUCGCUGAUGUAGGCGAUUCUUAUGUUGAACUGAUUGCUACUGGUUCAGAUGAAUCAAUGGUUAUCGUGCAUGCCCUGCUGGAAGUUACUUCACACCCAGAAUUUGAUAUAGCCUCCAUGACCUUCAACUUUUGGCACAGUCUUCAACUGACGUUGACAAAGAGGGAUUCUUAUAUUUCCUUGGGUAGUGAAGCAUCCAUUGACGCUGAAAGAAACCGAAGACAGCAUAUCUUCCGGCCAGCCUAUGAGAGCCUUGUAUCUUUGGUUGGCUUCAGAGUUCAGUAUCCUGAAGAUUAUCAAGGCCUCUCGUAUGAGGACCUUAAGGAGUUCAAGCAGACUAGAUAUGCUGUUGCAGACGUAUUAAUUGAUGCUGCAUUGAUCCUGGGGGGUGAUACAACUCUGAAGAUUCUCUAUAUGAAGCUUCUUGAGGCCAAUGCUCAGACAGGAAAUGAUUUCCAAGAAUGGCGUCCAGCAGAAGCUAUCUUGUUCUGUAUUUGGGCGAUAUCAAAUUACGUUUCAGUUGUUGAAGUUGAAGUGAUGCCCCAGGUGAUGGCCUUGCUUCAAAAUCUUCCCCAGCAAGCGCAACUGCUUCAGACAGCAUGCUUACUUGUUGGGGCUUAUUCAAAAUGGCUUAAUGCUGCGCCAGCUAGUGUUUCAAUAUUGCCGUCGAUCAUUAGAAUUCUUAUGACUGGAAUGGGCACAUCUGAAGAUUGUGCAGCAGCUGCAGCUUUGGCUUUUAGACAUAUUUGUGACGAUUGCCGAAAAAAUCUAUGCGGGUAUUUUGAAGACUUGUUUACAAUCUAUUGUAUGGCAAUUGAUGGCGGCGGUGGUUAUAAAGUAUCUGCUGAGGAUUCGCUAAAUCUCGUUGAGGCUUUAGGAAUGGUUGUUACAGAACUUCCUUUAGAUCAGGCCAAGAGCGCUCUUGAGAAAUUAUGCUUUUCAGCCGCCUCUCCUCUACAGGAAGCGGCGAAAGAAGAUUUGGACAAGAAGCAUGCCCGUGAAUUAACGGUUCAUAUUGACCGGUUUGCCUACCUCUUCAGGUAUGUGAACCACCCUGAAGCUGUGGCUGCUGAGAUUAAUAAGCAUUGGGCUAUUUUCAGUUUUAUUUUUGAUGCUCGUCCUUGGGACAUGAGGACUAUGGAAUCUCUAUGCAGAGCAUGCAAAUAUGCUGUACGUACUUCUGGGAGAUACAUAAUUAAUACAAUCGGAGAAAUGCUGGCUAAAAUUCAGUUCCACUAUCAGCAGCAUCAUCAGCCAUGCUUCCUUUAUCUCUCCAGUGAAGUUAUAAAGAUUUUUGGUUCAGACCCAUCCUGUGCUGACUACUUGAAGAAUCUGAUUGAAACACUCUUUGCACAUACAACAUGUCUUAUGACAAGUAUUAAGGAAGUCACUGCUAGACCAGACAUUGCUGAUGAUUGCUUCUUGUUGGCUUCGAGAUGCCUUCGCUACUGUCCACAUUUGUUUAUUCCUUCUCCUAUAUUUUCACCACUUGUAGAUUGCGCAAUGAUUGGAAUCACAGUGCAGCACAGAGAGGCCUGCCACUCGAUAUUGACCUUUUUAUCCGACAUUUUUGACCUGGAGAAGUCUGUGAAUGAAGAACAGUUUGUACGAAUCAGGGACAAUGUCAUUAUUCCCCGGGGAGCUACAAUCACCAGAAUCUUGAUUUCAUCAUUAGCAGGAGCACUUCCCAGCUCUCGGCUAGACACGGUAACAUACGCGUUGCUAGCUCUGACCAGAACAUACGGGUUACGAGCAGUGGGUUGGGCUGAGGAAAGUUUUAGCCUGAUACCUCGAACAGCUGUGACAGAGACCGAGUCUUCCAAGUUCCUACGAGCGUUAAACGAUGUUGCUUAUGGAGCAGAUGUGAAUUCUCUGAUAGGACACGCUGAGGAACUUUCAGAUGUUUGUCGCCGUAACCGUACUGUUCAAGAACUUGUUCAGGCAGCUUUGAAGCCUCUGGAGUUGAAUCUGGUUGCUCCUGUAUCAUAGGGAUGAUGAAAAACAAACAAAGAAAGAAAAAGAAGAGUGACGACGAGCCAUAUAAAAGAAGGUCAAUUUUUGCAUAGACCCCUUUUGAUGGUUUUUUUCAAAAGGUGAGAGAGAUUUGAUGUUUUGUGCAUUUUUUUUACUGUCGUAGCUGUUGAUAAAAGAUCUUUUAUUUUUAUUUUAUUUCUUUCUGGUAUGAGCCGUUGUUCCAUUGUUUGGCCGGUUUAUUUCCAGUGCGAAGAACCAAACUUCUUUCUAUUUUUUAAUCAAACCGGGUGAGAAAAACAGAAGGGGUCCUUUCCCCUUCAAGGAUUUGGUAUGAUUUUUGAGUGGGGAUCAUAUACAAAAGCAUCGAUUUCUUUUUCUUGUUUAACUUGCAGAGUAUCAUCUUCAAAAACC